GUUAAUAACAGGUUUUAGGUACAUGUAUAUACCAUAAUUGUGCAUUACAUCAUAAUGCAUUUCUGUUUAUAAAUUUAUGUUACUUUGAAUUACUACUGAAUUCAAUAGAAAUAAUUAUAGGAAUGGAAUGAGAAUUAGUGUUUAGUUUAUUUGAAAUACCGAACUGAAAUGCAUUCAAAGGGAUAAUUAAUUUACUUACUACAUGAUUUUUCAUCACUUCCAUCAGAGCAAUCAGCAUUAUCAUCGCACAUCCAUGUAAGAGGAACGCAUUCUCCAGGAACAGAUCUACAGAUGUUUUCAAUGAAGACGGUUUGCAAAUUGUGUAUAAUCCUAUGGUAUGCUAUUUUUGCAGCAGCUAAAUUGAAUGAUGACCACUGGAAUAAUGAGGACAAAACACCAAAAGGAGAUUGGGAUGUUUGGAACACUUUAAUAGAUAAAUUGAACAGUGUUUUUGAAGACACAGAAACUAGUGCAAGAGUGUUAUUCUACUUACAACAAGAAAAAAGCCAACAACAUGAUGAUAAUUAUGGCCCAGCGUUGAAUAUUUUAUUACAAGUCUUAAACGAUCAAAAUUUAUUUAAAAAUUUCGCAAAAAAUUUGGCUGAAGAUACAAAAAACGUCGAAAAGGACAAGGGAUUCAAAGAUUAUCUAAGCUUAAUAUAUUCCAAAAUGUUGGACGCUACGCAAGAAAAUAAUAUCGAAGAAGUCAAUACUGAAUAUCAUGAGAAUAAAAACAUCCAAGUUGCUAGUUUCUAUGGUAUGAUACGUGCAUUGUCAAUGAUGUCUAAAAAAAAUCAACUGAAAAUGUUGAAUAUGAUUAAGAAGGCUGUUCCAAAUAUAAUGCAUAUCCCUACUAACGAUUUAGUAAAAUCUAUAAAGCAUCUUGGUAAUACUCAUCUUACUGUGGUAAAUUUGGCCAAAGUGCACCUGGGCUACGAAGCUUUUAUCAAUAUUGUACGCUGGUGGAAAGGGGAAAUAUCAGGAAAACGUGCCGCGAAAAAUAUUAUAGAUUCAUUUUUUGAAAUUAGUGGUUAUACUCUAGGAUCAUAUGCUGGUGUAACUCUAGGAGCUGCAUUUGGUCCUUAUGGGACGAUAAUUGGAGGUAUUUUGGGAGGUAUUCUAGGAGGAAAAGCAAGCAUUGAAUUAAUAGAUCGUUAUACAUUGCAUAUAUUUGACCUUCCCAGAAGCGAAGCUCUUGAGAAUGCUUAUAAUUUCUUUGGCUUAACAAAAGAUGCCGUCAAUAAUGAUAUAAAUAAGGCAUAUAGGCAAAAAUGUCUUCAAUAUCAUCCUGAUAAAGGAGGGUCGGAGGACAAAUUCUUUGAAGUUCAAGUCCAAAUGUCAAUCAUCAAAGCGGCUAGAGAACUGAUCUGACAACUAGAGAACUGACAAUCAUCAUUGAAACUAUGUUUUUAUAUUUGAAAUUAGAUGAAAAGUUUAAACUAAAUUUCUAUUAAAAUUUCUAAUUCAA